AUGUCUUACUCGUCCACGGCAGUCCGUUUCUUUACCUCACCUAAACCACUGAGAGAUCCGAUGGACUUCUCUCAAUCCCAGGCGUCUCAGCCUACCUUGGAGACCAAGAUCAAAUCCUCUGCCAAUACCUCUUCAGAGACCGUGGAGAUGUCCACAAGCACAAAGCCCAACGACACAGAUGCUGCGCCGGAGAAAAAGGGCGUAACAUAUUCUAACCAAGACUCGCUCCCAAAACUACCUAUUCCGGAUCUUGAAGGUACUUGUCAGAAAUACCUCGAGUCCCUGUCUGCUGUACAGACUCCUAGAGAGCAAGAGGAGUCGAAAGCGGCGGUGCAGGAGUUUCUCGGUUCCGAUGGUCCUGUGCUUCAGGAAAGACUCAAGAACUAUGCAUCGUCGAAAACAAGUUAUAUCGAGCAGUUUUGGUAUGAUUCUUACCUGAAUUUUGAUAAUCCCGUCGUCUUGAACCUCAACCCCUUCUUCUUGUUGGAAGAUGACCCAACUCCCGCGAGAAAUAACCAGGUCACAAGAGCUGCCUCCUUGGUUGCCUCGGCUCUGUCGUUUGUCCGAGCAGUCAGGCGAGAAGAGCUGCCACCUGACACCGUACGGGGAACGCCACUCUGCAUGUACCAAUAUUCGCGACUCUUCGGCACGGCGCGAGUACCAACCGAUAAUGGCUGUGUUAUCAGCCAGGAUCCCACAGCAAAACAUAUUGUGGUUUUGUGUCGAGGACAGAUCUAUUGGUUUGAUGUCCUUGAUGAAAACCAUGAUCUGAUUAUGACCGAGAAGGAUAUUGCACUUAACCUGCAGGUCAUCCUUGGCGAUGCUCAACAGACACCUAUCCAGGAGGCUGCUAAGGGAGCUCUCGGAGUUCUUAGUACAGAAAACCGCAAGGUGUGGUCAGGACUGAGAGACACCCUGACCAAGGAUGAAGGCUCCAACAAUGCGGAAUGCUUGAACAUUGUUGACACCGCUCUCUUCGUCCUUUGCUUGGAUUACACUGAACCAAGCAGCGUGUCAGAGCUCUGUGCUAACAUGCUGUGCGGUACCAGCGAAGUAAUCAAGGGUGUGCAGGUUGGAACUUGCACCAACCGGUGGUACGAUAAGCUCCAAAUUAUUGUUUGCAAGAACGGCAGCGCAGGAAUCAACUUUGAGCAUACUGGCGUCGAUGGACACACUGUGCUUCGGUUCGCGAGCGAUGUAUACACAGACACCAUACUUCGCUUCGCCAAAACGAUUAACGGCCAAGCCCCGACCCUGUGGACGUCCAACAGCCCCGAUCCAUCCAAGCGGGACCCCCGCAGUUUUGGCAAUGUGAGCACCACGCCCCGGAAACUCGAAUGGGACAUGGCUCCUGAGCUGAGCAUUGCCCUGCGGUUCGCCGAGUCCCAUCUUUCCGAUCUGCUCCAGCAGCACGAGUUCCAUGUGCUGGACUUUGAGGGCUAUGGCAAGAACUUUAUUACGUCGAUGGGGUUUUCGCCCGAUGCUUUUGUGCAGAUGGCGUUCCAGGCGGCGUACUACGGUCUCUACGGCCGCAUGGAGAACACCUAUGAACCCGCAAUGACCAAGUUCUUCCUUCAUGGACGGACAGAGGCGAUCCGGCCUGUCACUAACGAUUGUGUGGACUUUGUCAAGACCUUCUGGGGAGAAAACCCAGCCGAGCAAAAGGUGGACGCUCUUCGAAAAGCGGCAGAAAAACAUACGGCCAUUACCAAAGAGUGUUCCAAAGGACAGGGUCAUGAUCGACACCUCUACGCGCUGUACUGUCUGUGGCAGCGUUCCUUUGACGAGGGGGCCUCAUCUGCUGGUAACAGUGUGGAUUCCUACUCCAAUGGGUACUCCAGCCCCGUUGAGAACGGGUCAACAGUUGAGUCGCCCAAGAUGUCGACAUCAGCAUCGGAGGAUGGCCUAUCUUCUCAGAGCUACAGUCUUCGUGGGAUGCGCACAUUGCAGCCCACGCCCGCCAUCUUCAGCGACGGAGGCUGGGACAGGAUCAACAACACGAUCCUGUCAACCUCGAACUGCGGCAACCCGUGUCUGAGGCAUUUUGGAUUCGGGCCGACAUCUGGGGACGGGUUCGGCAUCGGAUACAUAAUCAAGGAGGACUCGAUAUCGAUCUGUGCCUCGUCGAAGCACCGACAGACGGCGCGACUGAUGCAAACGUUGGAGUCAUACUUGCUUGAGAUUCGGAAAUUGCUGCACGCGACCAAGCGCAAGACGAUGAGCCCGCGCACUAGCCGGGCCCGAGAGAUGGAGCAGAUUGCAGACCGACUCCAGCGUGAUCACCGCCGGGGUCGGAUUGUCCGGGGCGACCCGGGCCAUCGGGGAGCGGAUACACCUACGACAGAUAGCGGCGAGAUUGAAGAUGAUGGCAUGGGCGGAUACGGAUUCUUCGACGCAGGGAUGCUACUUCAUGCACUGAAGGGAGUGAAUGCCGAAAGAGAGCGGGGAGAUAAGCCCGCGAAACGGCGGUUUGUUGGAAAGAAGCUACAUCUAAACGAAUACUGA